AUGGCCCAGCCAUACCUGCUCGAUCUACAAGUCCCGGGGAAUAAAGGUUACGAUGGCCGUACGGACCCUGAGGUCCAUGUCAAUGACUACUACGGCAAUAUGAUGAUGAUGGGCGUAUCAGACGCCGUGAUGUGUAUGGCUUUCUACUCCACGCUUUCCGGUCGGGCGGCGGAGUGGUUCCGAACGUUGCAGCCGGGUUCUAUUUCUGACUUCCCUACCUUGGCUAUGAAGUUUGUGCGGAAGUUUAUUACUUCCAAAAUAGUGAGGAAGCCCUACAUGUACUUGGAAAAGGCCGAGCAGCUUGAAGGGGAAAACUUGUCUGAUUUCCUUGUCAAGUGGAAGGCCGCGGUCGGGGAAGUCGAACCGAUGGAUGACGCCACCGCCACCCAUAUGCUCCAUAUUUCUCUCCGGGCGGGUUAUCUCUAUCAGGAUUUCAUCUUCCAUCCCCCGGCCACUUAUGAAGAAGCCCUUCGAAGGGUGACGCAUUACGCUAAUGCCGGAGAAGCGAACGCCGUCAAAAGAUCGCAGGAGUCGUGCUUGGGAUCUACCCGAUCGAGCCUCGGCAACAACAAUGAAGACGGGCUUUUCGCCCAACCCAACACCUCUCCCUCGGUUCCAACCGAUAGGGGUGUGCAACAAAAUGGCUCUAAUAGUCGUCAACCUAAUUGGCUCUAA